AUGGCUCAUCCACUGCCCAGGUCAAUGAAAGCAUGGACGUUCACUCGAGCAGGAUCCGCUGAACAAGUCCUCCAACUAUCUCAGCAGCAUCCCAUUCCCACCUUAAGGACCAACACCGAUGUCCUCAUCCGCAUAACCCACGUGUCCCUACACCCCGGCACAACCAUAAUGAUGAAUCUCGCUCCAUCCAUCUUUCGAAACACACCUUGCAUUGCAGAAACAGACUUCUCGGGACUGAUCAUCUCAGCCGGCAAAGGAGUCCCAGUGACCCCCAGCCCAGACAAUGAGCACCGGUGCUUCCCGCCCGGAACGCCCGUAUUCGGAUCCAUUCCGGUCGGGCAACAUCUAAAAGGUGCCGGAGCCUUGGCAGAAUAUCUGGUUGUGGACAUGAAUUGCAUAGCCCGCAAACCAGCCAAUGUCUCAUUCGCGCAGGCUGCGGGUUUACCCGUUUCGGGCACAACUGCCCUAACACUCAUGGAUGCGGCGGAUAUCCGUCCCGCUGAUCGGGUGCUCAUUAAUGCUCCAUGUGGGGGGAUCGGACACCUUGUCACGCAGCUUGUUUCUCAUAUCGUGGCUGAGGAGGGGCAUAUUGUAGGUAGGUGCUCUGCUGCUUCUUUUGAUGUGGCGAAAACGCUCGGUUGCCAUGAUGUUGUGUCAUACAAUAAUUCCGGUGAGUCGUCUACCGCUACGGACAUGGAGGUAUAUGGAGAACAACCAUUCGAUAAGAUCAUCGAUGCCCGUGGAUCUCAGGCUCUGUGGUAUUCUUCACCUGCAAUUCUGAAGUCUGGCGCGGAUAACACGUAUACAUCGGUUGGACCGGUGCUCGAAUCUUAUACUUACUUGAGCAUGUUUGCAUGUCUCCUAAAAAUGGGAUUCAAUAGAUUCUUGCCUGUCUGGGCGGGUGGAGUAGAUCGAAAGUACCGACAGGUUACAGCUAUGGUUAAUCCGGACAAGCUUGAGAGACUGAGAAAGCUAUGUGAGGCGGGUCAAUUGGGUGUCUUGAUCGGAGAUACAUGGUCGUUCGAGGAUGCUGUUCAGGCAUUCCGCGUUAUGGCCAGCCGGCAUGCAAGGGGAAAACUGGUGAUAUGUGUUGCGGAGCCGUCUGCUUAG